AUUUGCCUUCUUAAACGGAAGUUUUGUGAUCCGGGGUUCAGUUGUUUCUAGCUGCUUCUACUCGAGAUCGCGUAGGUUUCCCGAUUUUUCAAGAUUUACAAAUGCACGCGAUUCGUUGAACACCAGAAACAAUGCCAGACAGCGCUAGACAGACCCUGCGUCGAGUGGGGUCGUCUUUCGUGCCUUCGAUACUUUCCGUGGUCGCUCUGAAGUUGCUCUUCCAGAUCUACAGGCCCGAUAUCGUCGAUAGCGAGAACAGAGUCAAACCGAUAUCUCCAUCCGACAUUCAAAGCAGCUAUGACUUUAUUAUAAUCGGGGCUGGCUCGGCUGGAUCGGUGUUAGCUAAUCGUUUAACGGAAAACAGUAGUUGGUCGGUACUUCUGUUGGAGGCUGGACCAGAUGAACCGGAAAUAACGGAUAUACCCGCCCUCAAUCCGAUUCUACAAGUCAGCCCGUACAGUUGGAACUUCAAAACAGAACCCUCGGAUAAGUACUGUUUAGGUACACCUGAUCGUAGAUGCAUAUGGCCACGUGGCAAGGCUCUCGGGGGAAGCAGCAUGUUGAAUGCGAUAAUGUACAUUCGUGGAAACAAGGAAGACUACAACAUUUGGGAGAGUAUGGGUAAUCCUGGAUGGAGUUACAAAGACGUGUUGCCCUAUUUCAAAAAGUCUGAAGACAUCAGGGUCGCCCCAUUGCAAUAUCCUGCUUAUCACCAUACCGGCGGUCAUCAGACCGUAGAAUUUCCUAGAUACAGAUCACCUGUAAGCGACUACUUGAUAAAAGCAGGCCAGGAGAUAGGUUACGAAGUGAACGAUCCGAACGGACCCAUUCAAACCGGAAUUACACCCACAUAUGCCACGUUGAGGGAUGGACUGCGUUGCAGCACCGCAAAGGGUUUCCUUCGAUCGGCUUCCAAGAGGAAGAAUCUGCACGUCAGUAUUCUCACGUUCGUGGAAAAGAUUUUGGUGCGCACAGAUGGAAAGUCAAAGACCGCGUACGGUGUGCGAUUCCGCGUGGAUGGACGUCUCUUCGAGGUUAAGGCCAAUCGCGAGGUCAUUCUAUCGGCUGGCGCUGUGCAAUCGCCGCAACUGUUGAUGUUGUCAGGAAUCGGUCCUAAGGAUCAUCUGACAGAAAUGGGGAUCCCCGUGGUCCACGAUUCACCAGGGGUGGGUAAAAAUCUUCAGGACCACGCUGGGAUAGGUGAUAUGACUUACUUCGUGGAUGCUCCUGCGGAUUACAGUGGCUCGAAACCAUUCACAUACCUUUUGCCGGAAGCUUUCGACCUGCCAUCGGUUUCCGAUUUCUUUUUAAAUCGAGAUGGACCUCUGUACUCGUUGAUGAUAUCGGAGAACACGGCUUUUUUUAAUACCAAAUACGCAAACAAGUCGGCGGAUUAUCCUGACAUACAGAUUUUCCUCUCGCCCGCUGGUGAUAUUCCGCACGGUUGUCCCGAGGCGUAUCGGAGUAUGAAUAGAACUGAACCUUCAUGUGUAGAACUCCUGACUCACUAUUCGUAUUGGAUCAUACCGCUCAAUCUAAGACCUCGAAGCAGAGGAUACAUCAAGCUACGCUCGAAGGAUCCGCAAGAAUAUCCGGCCAUCGUUCCUAAUUACUUCGACGAUCCCCAUGAUCUCGAUAUCUUGGUAGAAGGCGCGAAAAUUGUUCACGAAAUGAGGAACACCCCAACGUUGAAGAAACUGAACGCUCGACUAAGAUGCGACCCACAGUGUAGUUCGAAGCACCAGUGUGCGUCGGAUGACUAUUGGCGAUGUCUAGCUAGGAUGUACACGAUGACGAUUUAUCAUCCAUCCGGGACGUGCAAAAUGGGACCCAAGAACGACACAAUGGCUGUGGUCGAUCCCAGGCUAAGGCUUUACGGAGUUGAUAAACUACGAGUGAUCGACACUUCGAUCAUGCCGAAGCUCGUUUCGGGGAACACGAACGCACCGACGAUCAUGAUCGCUGAAAAGGCUGCUGACAUGAUCAAGGAAGACUUGAAGGACUAUAAAUAAGGCUUUUCCACCUUUUGAACGAGAUAAGACAACGAGAAAGUAGAUAAGAAUCGUAGUAAUAACAAUGGCAAUUCUGAUAUUAAAAUAACAAUAAUUUUGACGUUUUCCAAAACUUUAGAAAAUAUAAAUAAUCUUAUAAAUGCUCUGCAUCAAAUUUCGACUGUGUAACUGAAUUUUUCAAGAUAAUACAAAAUUAUAAUGA